CCAGAGGGCAUUUGCGACAAUUUACCUGCAUAGGAACGGGCAUAUCAGGCAGCUACUCCGCCCCCAAAUGCUCGCCGGCAUCUCCCGUUCCCUCACUCACCGCCGUCCGCCCUUCCCGCUUGCCGCUACCGCCGCCGCCGCUGCAGCAGCUAUGUCGUCGUCAGCCACGGGAGCGAACGUCUCGGAUUGUCCGAUCUCUCCGGACACCACCCGCGUGGCCUGGGUGGGGACGGGCGUCAUGGGCCAGUCCAUGGCCGGCCACCUCCUCUCCGCCGGCUACGCGCUCACCGUCUUCAACCGCACGGCCUCCAAGGCUCAGGGCCUCGUCUCCCACGGCGCCAGCCUCGCGGACAGCCCACGCGCGGCCGCCGCGGCUGCCGAUGUCAUCUUCCUCAUGGUUGGCUUCCCCUCCGACGUCCGCUCCACCGCCCUCGAUCCGUCCGCGGGCGCCCUCGCCGGCCUCGCCCCGGGCGGUGUCCUCGUCGACAUGACCACCUCCGACCCCACCCUCGCCGCCGAGAUAGCCGCGGCCGCUGCCGCCGCCGGCUGCUCGGCCGUCGACGCCCCCGUCUCCGGCGGCGACCGCGGGGCCCGCAACGCCACGCUCUCCAUCUUCGCGGGCGGGGACGCCGCCGUCGUCGCCCGCCUGGCGCCGCUCUUCAAGCUCAUGGGGAACGCGCUGUACAUGGGCGGGCCCGGCGCGGGGCAGCGCGCGAAGCUGGGCAACCAGAUCGCCAUCGCGUCCACCAUGGUGGGACUCGUGGAGGGCAUGGUGUACGCGCACAAGGCCGGGCUGGACGUGGCCAAGUGGCUGGAGGCCAUCUCCACCGGCGCCGCGGGGUCCAAGUCGCUGGAGCUGUACGGGAAGCGGAUCCUGGAGCGGGACAUGGCGGCUGGCUUCUACGUCCGGCACUUCGUCAAGGACCUCGGCAUCUGCCUGUCGGAAUGCCAGGCCAUGGGGCUGUCGCUGCCGGGGCUCGCGCUCGCGCAACAGCUGUACGUGUCGCUGAUGGCGCACGGCGAGGGCGGGCUCGGUACACAGGCGCUGAUACUGGCCAUCGAGCGGCUGAACAACACCAGCCUCGAGAAGAAGCCUGAGUGAAAAGCUCGCGGCUUCAGCUCUGGUGAACUUGUCGCUCGUGGGAAGCUUUGCUUGAUGCAAGUAUGCAGCUUGAGGUGGAUCUUGGUGGCCUGAGUUUUACAUUUUUCACUUGUCACUUGUGUACUUUGCAACUGUGCAAGAACUUGUGCGGCUUGGAUGCUUGCUCAGCUUACUUGUUUACAGCGGGUACGAGUUCAAAUAAGAUUCUGCAAACAAUGAGGUGUUGCCUCGCUUAGCUUACUUGUUCAGCUAUGGACCUAUGGUAAUGAAAAUACCAGAUAUAUAGUCUACAUUCAGCAUGGUUGCAGUUUCAUGGUACUCACCCUGAGGUUGCUGAAUCCUUGCUUUAUUAUCAUAUCAUGUACCUCGACUGUUUGAUGCUGCUGAUGAAAUGUGCUAUUGAAGCACUAAUUUGUAA